ACUUUGUUAUGACGUCUUCCGGUUCUCUUAUCAAGUAUCAAGAUUGUACCACACGAUUCUGUCAGUAUUUGUAUACUAGUAUUUCUCGCCAUUGCAAACAUGAUUGCCUGUUGUGUCGCUAUUGUUCUGGCUUUGGUGUUUCAAGUCCAAGGGGCGGACGAGGGCUGUACUGCAGCGUCUGGACACUGUCAGGAUGAUUCCAUCCACUGUUCCGGAAGUUACCAGUCCGGCCUGUGCUCAGGCGCGGCAAACAGACGCUGCUGCAUCCCGACAGGUAGCGGUGGUAGCGGAGGAUGCUCGAACGUCAACAUCGUGACCCGCAGCCAAUGGGGCGCCAAGGCUGCCACCGCUCACACCGCGAUGCCCGUGCCAGCCCCGGAGUUCUUCAUACACCACACGGAGACCCCGCCUUGCUCGGACCGGGCGGGAUGCAUCGCACGGGUCCAGUCCAUUCAGUCCUACCACAUGGGCCAUAACGGCUGGAGCGACAUCGGAUACAGUUUCCUGGUUGGCGAAGACGGGAACGUUUACGAGGGGCGAGGGUGGGGCUACGUAGGGGCUCACACAGAGCAGUACAACAGCAAGGGGUUUGCUGCGUCCAUGAUCGGCAGUUUUGAUUCACAUGUACCCAACGACAAGGCACUCACAGCUGUAAAGAAUCUGAUCGCAUGCGGAGUACAGCUGGGCAAGAUCGCCGGAAGUUACCGCCUCUAUGGUCACAGAGACGCUGGGCAGACCUCGUGCCCUGGGACCGCCCUGUACAAUCUUAUCCAAACAUGGCCACAUUACAGCCACGCCCAUCCUUGAAGCUUCUUUUCUAGGAAAUAAAUCAACAAACGGUG